UUCACUCAUUUUAUUUAUGAAAUAGAACGAUCUUAACCGGAAGUUUACAUUUUUAAAACAACAACAACAACAACGAAGAACUGGACAUUUGUGAAAAUGUCGCAGGGUGUUGAUGACACUAUUGUAUGCCUCAUGUCCAUGGGGUUUGAUAUACAGGACUGCCAAGAUGCCAUCAACUUUGGGAAAAAUACCGUAGAAGCUGCAGUAGAAUGGAUAGUUGCAGGAAAACCAGGACUGCAUCCUAAUACUGCUGGAGGAGAAAAGCCUGGGCCUAGUCUCAAACUUAGAUCUACAACAUCAGCUUUUGGCAGUGAUUCCACAUCUGUACCCUUCCAGAAGCCUUAUCCAAUCCAAGAAUCCUGCGCCCAGUCUCAGUCUGAUACCAGCCAAUCAAAGUCCACAGAAUGUCAGUCAGGUGACGUUACAUCUGCUUCAGGUCAACCUGAAGUACAUGUAAUCAGCAGAAUGCAUAUGGGUGAAGCGCAAAGAAAAUACAAAGAAAAUUUUGAACAAAAGAAAAUUGAUGAGGCAAAGAAGCAGGCUGUUUUAGAAAAAAGGAGGCACAAAGAGGAACAUGCCAGGAUUCUGAAGGAGAUAGCAGAAGACAGGGAGAAGAAGAAGCUUCUACAGCCUCCGACUCAUUCAGAAGCUAAGAAAGCAUCUACUGAUACAGAUUUAUCAGAAAGGAAAGAGCAGAAGACAGUUACUCCAUCUUCUAGCAGCGGAACUUGUCUACUUCAGAUAAGAUUACCAGAUGGAAGAUCUCUUCGUCAGUCAUUUAGCCCUGCUUCAACAUUAAAACAAGUGUGGGAGUUCACAGCUAGCCAUCAUCGAGAUAUGUCUGGCUACAUCUUUAUACAGCCUUUCCCACACCAUGAAUUCACAUCAGCCGACAUGCCAUCUACAAUGACUGAUUUAAAACUGACACCAACAGGCUCAUUAGUGUUGCAGAAAAAACAGACGCCAUCUCCUGUAACAGAGCCAAGCACAUCCCCAGAACCAAUGGAAACUAUUUCUUAUCCCCCCACGGUCGAGGCAAAUAGGGAUCUUCCUAGUCAGGUACGUGAUCCGCCAAGAGGUCACCGAUGGGGUCAAGGCUUCUCUUUGGAGAAUGAAAAUCAAAUACCACCUCAACAAGGUUUGGGUCAGCCAGCUGGUGAGGAAAUCAUGGAGGAGGAGGAGGACGAGGAGGACCCUCAUCUGGUGGCUCCAGGGGCACUAGGGCGUGGCAAUCCGUGGCAGGGUUUAGGUAUGCCAGGUGGCAUUGCAGGACAUCGGAUGCCUCCUCCACCUGGAAAUAUCAUGGGUCAAGGUCAUGACAUAUUUGGAAUGCAGAUUGGUGAACAGGGAAAUAAUCAAGCUUUUGGAGGAGUUGGACAAAGACUGGUUCCCAUGGGUGAUCCGAGUCAUAACGAUGCUUAUCAACACAGAUCUGUCCGGGAACUAGCACUAGAGAGAGCUCAGGCACGUCUCGCCCAGCCAGCCCAGGAGCCCAGACAGAGCCCAGGUUCCAGUUCAGGGACAGUUUUAUCUGUGGUACACCAGCCUGUACAGUCACUGCUUGUACAUUGUCUUAAACAUAUCAUGCACAGAUUGAAUGACCCUCGAAAUCAGCUGCUCAGCCUUGCUGGAAUAUCCGAGGACAUGGCUCAAGUGAUCUUAGAGUUUCUAGUCAAGGAGAAACAACUCAAACCAAAGACACUGAAUGCUUUUAUUCCAUGUUACCUGCGGAAGCUGAUUCUUGAUUGCUACCCAUAUACAACCAAUGAACUGCUGCAUUCCGUCAGGCUGCACACAAACUUAUCACAUCUAAGCCUCAGUGCCUGUCCACUGAUAACUGAUAAUGGGCUUCAGUGUCUUACAACUUUGAAGAAAUUGAAAAAACUGAACUUGAGUUGUUGUAAGCAGUUAUCCAACAAAUGUGUGAGUGCAGUAUCAAGUCUACAGAAUCUGGUGUCAUUGAAUGCGGAGGACACUGGGCUGACAGACCAAGGUGUGAUACAGUACUUGUCUAGCCAGCCGGAACACCUACAGCUGCUCAACCUUAACAGAACAGCUGUCACUCAGGCAAUAAUCCCUCAUGUACAAACAUGUGCCAAACAACUUAGGUCCUUAUACCUUGAAGAUACAAAAGUGGUCAGUUUAUCAGGUAUUAGGGAAUGUGAACAUUUAGAGUGCCUGAAUGUUGCAAGAACUGGCAUUGUCACAGAGUCUUUGUUCUGUCUGGCUGAUCAUCCUGGCCUGAGGUCGCUAAAUAUUGCCAAUACAGAUAAUGUCAAUGGAGAUAAGGCUCUGAAACAUUUGACAGGUCUAAAUUUGCAUACAUUGGUGCUUCCAUCAAGACAUACAACUACUAAUAUCGGAAUCAAAUACAUAUCAGAUCUUUCCCUAGUAUCAUUAGAUUUGACAAAUUAUAUUCUAGUUGGAGAUGAGGCUAUGGAACAUAUUGGAAGGAUGAAAAGUUUAAAACAGUUGAUACUGAGUAAUACAAAAGUAACUGAUGUUGGGAUGUUUUUCCUGGAAGGUUUGACACAGCUAGAAGUUUUAAAUGUUGACAGAACUUUAGUAACAGAUCAAGGUGCUCAAGUUAUUGGUGCUUUAACAAGUCUUGUGGAAUUGAGUAUGGCUUGUACAGGAGUGACCACCAAGUUUUUAUUAUCUGGAGUGUGUAAUAACUGUUGUAAUCUGGCAAAACUGAAUCUGAGUAAAACCAUGGUCACUAAGAAAGGUGUUCUAAAUUUGUCCUUGCCAUUUCUCCAAAUGAUAAACCUGGAUGGUACGAAAGUGACCCCUGACCUUAAUGUUGCUAUGAUGACAGACUGUCCUAAAUUGACUCAGAUGUCAACGAGAAAUCUAGAACCAUUCACUAGAGAUGAUGAAAUUGAGGAAGCCGAUAUGGACAUGUAAAUCGAGAGAUAUGACCUAGAGUUCUUCCUGUUUUACCAUAUACAUAAAGAAGAGAGGAUAUAUGCUUAUUACUUGCUAUAAUCAGAUGUUUUUAUGAAAUUGAAAGUUCUUUGUUUUGAAGUUUUACUUGGUGUGUCAUAGAAGUUUCACAAGGAGCCAGUUUGUAGUACUAUAUACACAGUGAAAAUAAAUCCUGUGUAAACAUAUGCGAUGAUGAAAUGAAAAUAAUGUUCAGGAGUCAUAUUGCACUUAAGGUAAAAUAGGAAGAACAAAAUGUAAAUAAGGAGUUAAUUAAAAAAAUGAACUAUUUGUUGGUUUCAGAAGUUAUGUUACACCUACCUUCUUGAAGCAUUUCUGCAUGUUUAGAUCAAACUUUUUCUUCGUCAAAGUCCAGAUAUCUUAAAACAACAUGGUGUGUGAUACUAAGAAACUAGGCAGUUAAAAAAAAGGUUGAAUUCAAUAAAGAUAGGUUUGUGUGCUUGAGUUUUUGCUGGACUGAUUUAAAAUGGUUCUCAAGUAAGUUUAUGUUAUUUGAGUCUAUAGAAAAAGUCAAUUUUGACAAUAUCUUAUUGUAUAGAGAUUGUCCUACUUUCAGUAUAUUUUGAUGAAACUUCACACAGAUGAACUUCACAAAGCUGUUAACUUAUUACAAAUCAUCAUGCACAUCAGUGUGCUAACUUUUGAGAUACUUUCGCCAAUGGUUCUGGAUAACCAAAAAUUUCAAGCCGAUUUUAAAACAUUACCUGGAAUAAAAUCAUAUGUGAACAUCAGUGGCAUCAGUUAACACACAAGUUCUUUUGUUUUCGGCAUGUUUUAUGUUUCUGUAUGCUGGAUCCAGAUUUUACUUUCUUUUAUCCACAUAAAACAAAUAAAAGAGAGCUUGUCAGAAACUCAGUUUCAGGAGAAUUUAUAUAAGAGCUUCUGUUAUAUGUUUUGAGUUUUCUGUUGAUUGCCAUUCCACACUAAAUUGUUAAUAAACUUGUUAAAGAGCA